AUGUGUUAUGCCGUUGAAGCUGCGAAACUGAUUGAACAGAGACAUGCUGGAGUUUGUGGUGCACGAUUUGGAGUGCCAAAAUCCAUCAUUUCUCAUAACGGUGCGAAUAUCAGUAGUCACGUGAUGAUAGAGAUAUGUGAGCAGUUUAAGGUCACUCAUCAGAAUUCAACUGCUUAUCGUCCCCAAAUGAACGGAGCUGUAGAUGACGCCAAUAAGAAUAUCAAAAAGAUUUUGAGGAAAAUGAUUGACAAGCAUAGAGGUUGGCAUGAGAUGUUACCAUAUGAUUUACUAUGUUAUCAAACAACUGUCAGAAUAUCGACUGGCUCUACUCUAUACCUACUAGCAUAUGGAACAGAAGCAGUCAUACCUGGUGAAGUCGAAAUACCGUCUUUGGGAAUUCUCCAAGAAGCUGAGCUAAGUAAUGUUGAAUGGGUCAGCAAACGGAUUUAUCAACUAAAUUUGAUUGAUGAGAAGAGAAUUGUUGACGUCUGUCAUGGUAAAUUAUAUAGGCAGAGAAUGGUUCGCGCCUUUCACAAGAGAGUAAAAGCUAGAAUUUUCAAAGUAGGUCAGUUGGUUCUUAAGCGUUUUUUUCCUCAUCAAGAUGAGUACAAAGGAAAGUUCGCACCAAACUUGCAAGGUCCUUACAUGGUUCGUAAAGUAUUAUCUUGA